AUGGCGUCCUCUUCCGGGUCCAAAGAGCCCACAACCGCAUCGCUGCUGCUCUCGACGCUCGGCGCCUACUCGGAUCUCGCCAAGCACCUCUUUGCAUCCAUCGAGAAUGCGUCGCAGCAAAAGACGCGGACGAUCACCGACACUGCGGCCGACAAGUCGUGGAAGCUGCGCGGUGUUUCGGACGUGCUUGCAGCGUUGCGCGAGGUGGACGAGCUGCUGGCACAGCGCAUCCAGCUCGCGCACGUGCACGCCGCCAACCAGGCGACCAUCGAGCAGCUGCAAGCCAAGGCGAGGCGGCGAGACCGCGACACACGCCACGCCAUCCUCGAGCUGAGCAACAUCAACGCCGAGCUCGCCGAGAUCACACGGCUGUCCGAGGACGAGCUGGCAUCGAUCGCGCGCGCGGCCGAUCGACCUGUGGGCCACGCCACCCUGCUCACAUAUGCCCAGAGACUAGCCAAGUACACCUCGGCACCACCAGGAUACAAGCUGCCUCAAGUCGCAUCGACAUCGACGACAGUGAAAUCAGAGCCAACAAAGGCCGAACAGGCUGGCGCCGAAGACGGAGAUGCGCAGGCAGAGGAGAUUGCGCUAGGACCCGACUACAAUCAGUACGCCAAAAAGGCAGCGGCUUACUACGAUCCGGCCAUACCAUCCAUGCCGCAAGAGAUGCCGUUCCCUUCGGACGCCAUGAUGCGACAGGGCAUCCUCAACAGUGCCGACAUGCUCGCCGGCGCUCCCAUGGCCGAACAGCCCGCCGAGGACAUCGCCAUGGACGAACACGACGAGCUGCCCGUGGCUGACUUUGCCGCUUCCUACUCGCACCUCCGCGAACAGCAGCACAAACAGGACGAGGACGAAGACGCCUUCGACCUCGACCUCAAUUAA